AUGCCGACAAUGCAAGCCUCAGCCGACAAUGAGGGCAAGCUCAUCCUCGCGUCUGGCACUUCACCUGGACUGCUUGAGCUCAUGGCUGCGGAUGAUGGCAAGUGGAAGUGCGAGACCUGCUCCCUACGGUGGGAUGCCAGCUUGAUCAAGUGCAAGGCCUGUGAGAGCUACAAGCCCGGCCUAUCCGAAGAGGAUGUGGCCAAGAUCCAAGCCGAGGAGGAGGCACGCAAGGCUUCAGCCAUAGCCAUGUUCCAAAGCUCAUCCGCUGUCAAGCCGACAGGUUUUGCCUUUGGGCGCGGAGGGGGCACAACUGGAACGACCUUUGGUGCUGGCUCAGCCGGGUCAAUGGUCUUUGGCUUCAGUGCCGGCACACCUGCAGAAACGAGCAGCUCCACAACAAGCGGUGCAUUUGGCAGUUCCGGUGGUGGCAGUUUCGGUGGCGGUGGUUUCGGCGGUUUCGGCGGUUUCGGUGGUUUUGGCCAGGGCGGCACUGGGUCCAGUGGGACCAGCGGGUCUGCCGUGACGUUUGGCUUCGGAAGUCAAGCGGUGACCUUCGGAGCCCCUGCGGCUUCCACGGCAAGCGAGAGCGGCACUAAAGAGUUACCAGAGCUGCCGGAUUUCACUACGGACAAGGUGCCCGUCGGAGACGUGUUUGUUCAUGGAAGUGGGGAGUGCGACCAGCUUGGCUUGGGCGAUGACAUGCGCGAGCGCCAGAAGCCCACACUGUUGAAAUCCCUCACUGGAAAGAACAUCUGCGAAAUUGCGGUCGGUGCAAUGCAUGUCCUGUGCCUUUCCACCGGUGGGGCCGUCUACAGUUGGGGCUGCAAUGAUGAUGGGGCCCUUGGCAGGGCUGCCUCCGAUGGCUCAGAUGGUGGUCCGUCCGAUGUGGAGCCGCAUGUGGUGACGAUGCCCAGUGGAGUUGUGGUGCGCCACGUGUCGUGUGGAGAUGGCCACAGCUGCGCUCUAGAUGAGAACCGCCGAGUUUGGCUGUGGGGAACCUACAAAGACUCCAACGGCUACAUCGGCAUCGUGCACAAGCGCAAGCAGGAAACGGAGGUCUUAGAGAAGAGCGCGGAGCCCACGCUGGUCCUCGAGGGAUGCUUGCAGAUCGCGAGUGGUGCCAACCACACUGUGGCCCUUGUGGCCUCCGACAGCCGCAGGCAAGUUUUUGCUUGGGGCUCCAAUGCCACUGGACAGCUGGGAAUGCAAGACGGCUGUGGCUUCUCCGAGCGCGUUCUGCCGUGCUCCGGCAGCGUACCGGGCCUUGCGCCGCGCGAUGGAGGCGGCUCCGAAGUCGGAGGCGAGCAGGUCGUGCGGAUUCAUCAGGCCGAUGGCUCUGUGCGUGCUGCAGUUUCCAUGACUGCUGAGCAGGUCCAGCAAUACCUUGCGCAAGGUGCAACUGCCCUGGUUCUUCAGGUUCCGGAUCGGGAGGUUUCCAAGGCAGAGAAGAAGAAGCUCUUGCACCCACAGGAUAUGCCUCUGUCUGUUGGCACCACAAGCAGCGAGCCGCGCGUGGCGUCCGGUGUGCAUGCCAGUGCCGAGUGCAGCUUCGUGACAUUCCAGGAUGGUGCAGUCUUUGGCUGCGGCUUGAAUGGUGAUGGUCAGGUCGGACUUGGCUUUGUGAGCAUGGCUGUGCGGCAGCUGGAAGACGUGUCUGCAGUUCGAGGGGCUUCCUGGCUUGGUGGUGGCUUGUACAGCACGGCAGCCCUGGUGGAUGGUCGCGUGUUCACCUGGGGCAAGGCCGAGGAAUGUGGGCACGGCCUCGGGGCCAAGGACCUUCCAGUGCUACAGCCUCGAGAAGUUCUGGGGCUUCCAAAAGUGCGCGCGCUGCGAUGUGGGGGCCAUCACACGCUGGCCAGCACGUGCGACGGCGACCUCUUCGUUUGGGGUUGUGGCUUGACCCACCAGUUGGCGAACCGGCCUCGGGAGGUGUCCGACCCUGCUGAUGCAGAUGAGGAGCCCACAGAUGAGCUAAGACCAUACAGAGUGUCGUCGAAGCAGCUCCAGAAGCGCUUCGUGAUGCUAGCAGCUGGUGGGGCGCAGCACAGUGUCGAGCUCGCUUGGGGAGGCGAAUACAGCACGCUGGGCCGGGAUGGAGCUGGUACUGGACAGCAGGUCCUGGAAGUUAAGGAUCUGAUAGAGCCUCCCGCGAAACGUAGAGCUGUUCAGGUGGCCGAAAUGGAUGCUGCUUUGGCUCCGGAGGUUAUGCGAGAGGUCUUGCGCUGGUUUUCUGGGCGUAUGUUGGACGAGCCUGCCGCGGUGAGUUUUGGCAAGAAGCCGAGCCCGCAGGAGUUGAAGACGCUGUGGUCGCCACGUUCUCAUCCUUUGCAAACGGAGGCCAGAUCUUUGAUCAGCGAGCCGUCGUCUGUCAAGGACGAGCAGCGCACUCUGCUGGCUCAGAUGUCUUGCCUGCGACGGAGCACUCUCGAGGAGCUCCUGCUGUUGGCGGCGCGUCAGGACGAGAGCAUCAGUGAAGCAGUAGCAGCUCGACAUGCUGACUCGACCGACAGGCCGAUUCUUUGA